AAGAUGAAUCCGGGUGGUCGCAGACUGAAACAGUGGCUUAUAGAACAGAUCAACAGUAACAUCUAUAAUGGACUGCUAUGGGAGGAUGAAAACCGCACCAUGUUUAGAAUCCCCUGGAAACAUGCAGGAAAACAAGACUACAACCAGGAGGUGGAUGCGUCCAUAUUCAAAGCGUGGGCGAUAUUUAAAGGGAAGUUUAAGGAGGGGGAUAAAGCUGAACCAGCGACAUGGAAGACCAGAUUGCGUUGUGCACUUAACAAGAGCCCAGAUUUUGAGGAAGUUACUGACCGGUCCCAGCUUGACAUCUCUGAGCCUUACAAAGUAUACCGGAUUGUGCCAGAGGAGGAACAGAAGUUGGGUAAAGGCACAGUCUCUGUCCUUUCCGGCUGCAGCACUGAUACUGAAAUGGGCUGCUCACCAAACCUGGAUGAACUUCUUAAAGAGACCUCAAAUGAUGAAUACAUGGGCAUCUUGAAACGUAGUCAUUCUCCCCUUGAUGAAGGCAGUAACAUGCCUUCAGUGCAGGAAUGGUGGCAGCAGGGAUCUCACAAUGCUGCUGUUCAUCAAGAUCCUGCAGGUACAUUCAGUGCUGCAUUCGCUCAGAUGAUGAUUUGUUUCUACUAUGGAGGUCGGCUGGUGGGCAGUACAAUUACCACUCAUCCAGAGGGCUGCCGUAUCUCCCCCUGCCAGCCCCCUCUGGCUAACUUGUAUGGACCAGACAGCCUCCAGAACAUCCGCUUCCCAUCCGUUGAUAUCAUUGAGAACGAGCGCCAGCGUCACGUCACCCGUAAACUUUUCAGUCAUUUGGAGCGUGGCGUUCUUCUGCGUGCUAACAGAGAGGGCAUUUUUAUCAAGCGUCUGUGCCAGAGUAGAGUGUUCUGGAGUGGCCAGGACCCUCAGUAUAACCCCAACCCCUGCAAACUGGAGCGAGACGCUGUGGUGAAGAUCUUUGACACUGCCAGGUUCCUGCAAGCGCUGCAGUUUUAUCAGGAGGGUCAUUAUCAGCCUCCAGAGCCCACCGUCACACUCUGUUUUGGGGAAGAGUUUAAUGAUUUCAGCACUGUCAAGAGCAAAUUAAUUAUUGUGCAGAUCACAGCAUUGAACUGCCAGCAGUUGGUGGAUGCAGUGACCACUCGGCGGUCCCAGUACAGCAGCGGGAAUCUGGAAAUCUCAGAUGAAAUGGCCAGUGAUCAGAUGGCUCGAAUAUAUCAGGAUCUAUGCAGCUACCCAGUUCCCCAACGAGCUUCCUGUUUCAGGGACAACCUGCCGAUUCCAGUCUGAGGCAGAUCUCUGAGCCAGCUAUGUCUCGAAGAAUGAGUCGGUUCACAUGUUGACCCAAAGUGAUGUUUUUACAGUUUUUACAAAAAAAAAAAAAGAUUGACCUUUAGGUGUGCUAUCUGUGUGUAUAGCAUCCUGUUCUCUCAGGGCAAAAAAUAUUACCUGACAGAAGGAUUUCAGUGUUCUCAGGGAUUAUGUACUUACUUGUAGGAGGAAAGUAAAUUUCUUUGUGUAUACUUGUGUAUGUUUUUCCCAAAACAUUUGAACUUUUUCUGUUAUUUUUUACUCUUCACUGUAAAGUUGAUAGGUUUUACUAUCCUUAUUUUUUUACGCUUAAUGCUUUUUAAGAAAUGUAAUUCUAUUUUGGAUGCAGGCUAAAUGCCAAAUGAGAAAACUAUGAAUAAUUAAAUACAUUUAAAA